AUGGAAAUUAAAGUUAUAGGAGAGAGUCAACCUGAACUACGAAGCGAUAUGACUAAUAUUGAUUUAAAUGACAUGAAACCUGAGUUUGAAGAUACAGACAGCCUUGCUGAAAUAUAUUCAAAAAUAAAUAACGGAUAUCAUAACGGGAAUUUCGAUCUUUUCUUUGAAAAUUUUGAAUUAUUAGUAAGUGUUGCCCAAGAAUAUGUUAUAUGUUAUUCAAAAGAGUUUUCUAGCUAUGAAAUAGAAAUAAUUUUGAUAAACUUACUCCAAGAUGAAAAUGUCGAUGCAUUUAUCAAGAAAUCUGCUUUAAAGAUCAUAUUCUAUCUAAUAAAACCAGACGAAUACAAAUUCAAAGAUAUAUUUUUGGAAAACGAUUUAAUUCAAAUUUUGCACACUUAUAUAGCCGAAAUAAACGCAAAACUUUUAAAAUGGUCAUUAAAGAUUCUAAUGAUUUACGCAGAUUAUUCAGAAAGGACGGCCGAAACAAUUAAAAACGAAAUUGAAUUUGAUAUUUUAAAAAAUCUCAUCAUUGAUCAAAAUACAAAAAGGGAAGUGAUAGUUCAAACAGUCAGAUUAAUAUAUUCAUUAAUGAAAUAUAUAACGAAUGAAGAUGAUUUAAAAAUUAUUAUUGAAUUAAGUGCUUUUAUUUCACGAUUUGAUAAUGACAAUAUUAGUACAUGGGGACUAUGGAUUCUAUGCAUGUCUUGUAAAUCUGAAAUUUUAGCUGAACAAAUAAUUCAAAUUGAAAACCUUCCAAAAAUCAUUACAAAGUUUAUUUCAUCAAGUAACCCAGCUGUCAUUGAACCAGCAUUAACAUUGAUUGAACAAAUUCAUACCUACAUUGAUUCGCCUAUUCCUAAUUUUGAAUAUAAAAUUUUAUUAGAAUUUUUGGAUCCAACAUGCGAAGAAAGAAGAUUUGCUGAACAUGUUGCUGCAAUAUUUGCAAAUAUAAUGACUGAUCCUGAAGCUACUGCUUAUUUUGUUAACGAAGGAUUUAUGAUUUUCUUUUUUGAAGCGUUUGAAACAGGUUCAUUCCAAACUAGAAAAAAUAUUAUUGAUUAUGUAUUUAAUUGUAUACAAACUGUUCCCUCUUCUUUGGCUGAAAAAAUUAUUGAUGAUGGUGUUUGUGAUGUAAUCAUAUCAGCCCUGGAAAUGCCGGAUUCAGAAAUCCUCGCAAAAGUUCUUUCAUGUAUUAUAACUCUUCUUAAAUUGCAGAGUUUUGCUUCUCAAUUCGAUGAAAAAGUCAAUGCCGAAUUAUUUGAUACUGUUAUUGAUGAUGAAUCAGAUCAUGUUCAACAAUUAUAUUCUGAAUUCAUUGAACUGUAUCCAAAAUAUAAAAUUGAUGACAAUUGA